AUGAGGCGACAUGCACAGCGCAAGGUCUUUGCGGGAUCGCCCAGAGGUCUGGCAACGCAUGCAAGCGCACAGCAUGUUCGUAUCCCGCGUAAGAAUUUCCCAUCUAUCACGCCGCCCUAUGAAGCCAUGCUGGCCAAGCUAGCUCAAGUCAGGCAGCACAUCAAACGACCACUCACACUGAGCGAGAAGAUCGUCUACUCUCAUCUCGUCAACGUCGAGGAAGCUCUCUCUGGGUCGGGUGAGAUCAGAGGGGAGAGAUACCUGAAGCUCAGACCGGAUCGCGUGGCCAUGCAAGAUGCUUCUGCUCAGAUGGCCCUCCUUCAAUUUGCCACCUGUGGCUCAGCUUCGACUUCUGUCCCUACUUCUAUUCACUGCGAUCAUCUCAUACAGGCCAGAUCGGGCGCAGAAGCAGAUCUCGAACGGUCUAUCACGACCAAUUCAGAGGUCUUUGAUUUCCUGGAGAGCGCCGCCAGAAAGUAUGGCAUAGAGUUCUGGGGGCCAGGCAGCGGGAUCAUACACCAGAUCGUGCUCGAGAACUACUCUGCGCCCGGCCUACUCAUGCUGGGUACAGACUCGCACACGCCCAACGCAGGAGGAUUGGGUGCGAUCGCAAUCGGCGUGGGAGGUGCAGACGCGGUCGAUGCCAUGACGGAUACGCCUUGGGAGCUCAAAGCGCCCAAAGUGAUCGGUGUCGAGCUCAAGGGCAAGCUCAAUGGAUGGGCGACUCCCAAAGAUCUCAUACUCAACAUUGUCGGACAACUGACCGUCAGAGGCGGCACGGGUCACAUCAUCGAAUACUAUGGCGAGGGCGUCGAGAACCAGUCUGCCACUGGCUUGGCGACGAUUUGCAACAUGGGUGCCGAGAUGGGCGCCACAACGUCUCUAUUUCCCUACACCAGUUCGAUGCGCGCAUAUCUUCAUGCGACAGGCCGGGGGCCAGUAGCAGACGCAGCAGACCAAGCGCAAGGGAAAGCGCAGCUAUUGCAAGCUGAUGCAGGCGCGUCGUACGAUCAACACGUGUCCGUCGAUCUCAACACCCUCGAGCCACACCUGAACGGGCCCUUCACGCCCGAUCUCUCUACGCCAUUGAGCAAAUUUGCAGACGUCGUCAAAGCGAACGGUUGGAAAGACGAGAUCUCUGCCAGCCUGAUCGGCUCUUGUACCAAUUCGAGCUACGAAGAUAUGUCUCGCGUUGCUUCUAUUGCUCGCCAGGCCGCAGACAAGGGCUUGAGAGCCAAGACGCCGUUCAUGGUCACGCCGGGCAGCGAGCUCGUCAAUGCCACCAUCGAACGUGACGGCCUCAAGGCACAACUCGAAGACGUGGGCGCUGUCGUCCUUGCAAACGCUUGCGGGCCUUGUAUUGGUCAAUGGGACAGAUCAGAGCUCAAAGGUCAAGAGAACACAAUCCUUACUUCAUUCAACCGCAACUUCAAAGCGCGCAACGAUGGCAACAGACUCACUCGCAACUUUCUUGCCUCUCCCGAUCUCGUGACGGCAAUGUCGUUCGCCGGUCGCUUAUCGUUCAACCCCUUGCACGACGAGCUCAUCGGUGCUGACGGAAAACCUUUUAAAUUUGAUCCUCCUACUGGCGAAGAGCUGCCUUCGAAAGGCUUCACACCCGGCAAUGCCUCUUAUCUCCCCGAACCAUGCCCUGAACCAGUGCCAGAAGUAGCGAUUGCCAUCUCGCCUUCUUCGACUCGGUUAGAGCUGCUGGCCCCCUUUGCACCUCACUUCACACCGGAGCAAAUCGCAGACAAGAACCACAAGCUCGAGUUUGAGAAUCUGCGAUGUCUCGUUCGGCUGGUCGGCAAAACCACCACGGACGAGAUCAGUGCAGCAGGUGCCUGGCUCAAAUACAAGGGUCAUCUGAGCAAUAUCUCGGAAAACACUCUCAUUGGCGCUACGAAUGACGAGAACGGCAAGAUCAAUUCUGCAGUCGAUUACGAGCCUGGUCAGCCUGAAGGAACGAUCCCGGAAAUGGCCAAGCGAUGGCGAGAACGAGGCCAACCAUGGAUGAUCGUAGCCGAUUCCAAUUAUGGCGAAGGUAGUGCCAGAGAGCAUGCUAGUCUGCAGCCGCGCUUCCUUGGCUGUCGUGUCAUUCUCUCAAAGAGCUUCGCUCGCAUUCACGAAACGAAUCUCAAAAAACAAGCUGUCUUGCCGCUUACGUUCGCCAAUGCCGGCGAUCAUGCAAAGAUAGGAGGUGGGGAUAUCGUCUCGACGAUUGGGCUUGACGCUCUGCUUCGUGGCAAUGAGCAAGCCAAGCUACACGUUUCAGUCAAAAAGGCCGAUGGCACCGAGCUGCACUUGCCCGUCGAGCAUACUAUGAGCGCAGACCAGAUCGGCUGGUUCCUUGCUGGUAGCGCGCUCAAUCUAAUCAGACAGAGCAGGAGCACUCAGUAG